AUGGACGUGACGUUCGCGACGCCGGGGGGCCGGGAGUUCACCCUCGAGGUGUGGUACUUCGCGACGGUGCGGGAGAUGAAGGAGGCGGUCCACGCGCGCGAGGGCAUCCCCGUGGCGUCGCAGCGGCUCUUCCUCGCCGGGCGGGAGGAGGAGGAGAACGACCAGGAGCUCGACGACGCGCGCGACACCGCGCACUACGGCAUCGUCCAGGGCUCCCGCGUCCUCCUCGUCCUCCCCGACGACGCGCCGCCCUCGCCCUCCCCGUCCCCCGCCCCCGCCGCCGCCGUCGUCGUCCGCAUCGCCGUCUCGGCCCCCGACCCCGAGAUCGGGCCGCGCAGCGUCGCGCUCGACGACGUCCCGGCCUCCGACACCGUGGCCCGCCUCAAGGAGCUCCUUCAGGACCGCACCGACGGCGCGCUGCCCGCCGCGAGGACGGCGCUCUUCCUUGGCAAGGCGGAGAUGGAGGACGGCAAGACGCUGGCGGACUACGGCCCGCCGGCCGACGACAUGGACGUGAGCGCCGUCGUGCGACCGCAGGCCCCCGUGGCGUCAGGCGGCGGAAACGGCGCCGGGGCCAGGAACCAGCAGAGGAUCGAGGUGAGCGUCAUGUUUGGCGAGACGGCGGUGGCGCUGGAGGUGGGCGCCAUGGAUGUGGUCCGGGACCUGCGCAAGGAGGUGGAGAGGCUGCGCCUCCCCGUGCGCGACGGCAGCGGCGGCGGAUACUUCUUCGUGUACAAGCAGAAUGUUAUGGAUGAGGACCGUACCCCUUCGGUGGCACGAGGUUAA